AUGACGACGACGUCCAAUCCAGCGCUGCAACUUUUUGCGGAAGACGCUGAGGAAGAAACGUUUGCCGAGUCCACCAGCGUUCCUCAAGAUGUCGAACCUGCAAACCUGCAAGACGAUGACGGAUCAGUUAACAACGGCACAGCAGUGACUGUGCUUUCCUUACCAAGACAGAGAACCUACUCGGCUGGGACUCCAUUGACACGUGAUAGUAUGGUGGAUGGAUUUGUUAUUCUGGGUAAACCGCCAGAAAAUGAAAUUGAAGCACAGAGAAUAUCUCAAAACUAUAUGUUUGGUUUUAAAAAAUGGAAAAGUCAUCUUACACCAAGACCGUUGUCAGAAAGAUCUGAUGUUGUGAAGGAGCUUUAUGCAGAACCUAAAGCUGUCAAACCUUUUGUAGCUUCAACUAUCUCUAUUGGUAAUGUUUUAUACUGUCUACUAUUUGGAUGGUGGAUUGCAUUGGUAUAUCUUGUUGUGGCUUUUGUGAUGUUGAUAACAAUCAUUGGAAAACCACAUGCUGUUUUUUGUGCAAAGUUUGCUGGUUAUUUCUUCUGGCCAUUUGGGAAAUUUGUACAAGAGCAUACAGAGUAUGCUGGUGUUCUUUCAUUCAAUAGCUCUUACGAUAGCAAUAGUAGUAGUAUGACGGAAUUGCCAGAUGAAAAUACGCCUCUCAACAUCUCAUCGUCGCAGGCAAAAACAGAUUUUGUGAAAAAAGACAACAAUCUUCUAUCAUUUGUGAUAUUAGCUUUAUUAUUAGGUUAUAUUGAUCAUGAAGAUCAAGUGUCAAGUGAAACUACAAAAUUUGUCUUAUCCCUACUUGCUAUUAUUCCGUUAGCAUACUACAUUGGGAUGGCUGUUACCAGUAUUGCAGCCCAAAGUAACUUUGCAGUUGGAGCAAUAUUGAAUGCAACGUUUGGAUCCAUUGUUGAAAUAACACUCUAUGUAUCAGCAUUAAUCCACGGCCACACGAACGAUAACCACUGCUAUUCAGAACUCGUCAAAUCAGCUCUGACUGGCACAAUAUUAGCAACCUUACUUUUCAUUCCAGGUCUGUGUAUGAUUCUUGGUGGAAUAAAACACCAUGAACAAGCUUUUAAUUGGAGGUCAGCUGGUGUGACCGCGUCAUUGUUAUUUGUCUGUAUUGCCGGUGCCUUUGCUCCAACCAUAUUCUCCAAAGCAUAUGGCGUUCUCAUCUGCAGUGGCUGUACAGAAAUGGCAAACCAUACUAUAUUUGAUAAUGAUACAGAGUUUAUCUGCUCCCGAUGUACCAGUCAAAGAUUUGAUCAAAGCAAUGAGCUAUUUACUGAACACAUCCAGCCUUUGAUUUAUACAUGCACAGCUCUAUUACCGCUGGCCUACAUUGUUGGCUUAAUAUUUACAUUAAAAACUCACACGCAUAUUCACAAGAUUGAAGUGAAAAAAGAUGGACAUGGACAUGGUCACGGGAUAGCUCACUGGUCGAGGACAAAAAGUUUUUUCAUCUUACUUAUUUCGACUGUUCUAAUGUCGCUAUGUGCUGAGCUUGUAACAGAGAAUAUACAACCACUGCUGGAAAAGUCUGGCGUAUCACUGUAUUUUAUUGGUGUGACAUUAUUAGCAUUGGUGCCAGAUAUCCCAGAGAUUGUCAACGGAAUACAGUUUGCUUUACAGAAUAACAUGACUCUAAGCAUAGAAGUUGGUUGCUCUAUUGCAGUACAGGUGUGCCUUCUACAGAUGCCUGUUUUGGUUAUUGUCAAUGCAAUUUAUUAUAUUGAUUUUAUUUUAAUAUUUAAUGACUUACAUCUUUGGUCUGUGGUGCUGAGUGUUGUGCUGGUCAAUUACACUUUCAUGGAUGGCAAGUGUGAUUAUUUCCAAGGCUCCACAUUGGUCAUAGUAUAUUUGAUGUUGGUUGCUAUGUAUUUCUUUGCUCCAAACCCACCAGGUUGUUCGUAGGGGACUGAAGUCAUUGUAUAUACAUGUAACUUAUUUGCAACUGAGUAACGAUGUCCUAAUUAUGACAUAAUAUCCAUCAAGAUAUCAAAGUUGCAUUCCCAAUUUUGCAAAUUUGUCGGUUCUGUCCCCUGAAUGACAUACAAGUAUAUUCAAUGUGAUUAUGAAUGGAUGAAAACAAACAAAUAAGAAUACAAAGGGGCUAAAUCUUAAUAGAGCUAGAUUCCUAAACAAUAGAAAAACACUGCAUUAGGAAGGCUUUGUUUUUUCAUUAAGGUCAUUAACAUUGUAGGAGUGAAGAACCUCUAGUAUUUUCAAAAUGAAACAAGUGGGGAAAAUGAGAGCAGGAUUACUGAUUUUAAUGUAUCAUAU